AAUAUUCACAUCAUCCUACAAGAGAAGGACAAACUCCAGGUGGAGCAGCUGAAAUCUGUGUGACUGUUAAAGAUGGAGUUUAUUAAAGAGGAGAUUGAAGACAUGAGUGAUCCAGAACCAUCCAGAAUAAAACAUGAAGAUACUGAGAAACAAACAGACCAGUUGGAAGUGAUGGAACAAAGACACAGACUGAAUGAAGUGAAGAAACAUGACUUGAAACCUCAAAGAACAAAAGCCAAAAAGCUGCACACCUGCUUACAGUGUGGAAAGUGUUUCCAAAAUGAAGGAGUCCUUAAAAGACACAUAAGAGUUCACACUGGAGAGAAACCGUUUACAUGCACUCAGUGUGGAAAGAGUUUUCCUGGUGAAUCAGGUCUCAUUUAUCAUCUGCACGUCCACACUGGAGAAAAACCAUUUAACUGUGAUCAGUGUGGUAAAGAUUUUAUUUCAUCAUCAAAUCUAAAAACUCACCUGAAAGUUCAUUCAGAUGAGAGGCCUUAUGUGUGUUCUCUCUGUGGAAAGAGUUUUUCACGACAGGACAGCUUUAAACUGCACCAGAAAACGCAUAAUGAAGUGAGAGAUCAUGUGUGUUUUGAGUGUGGGAAGAGCUUUAAUGCAACUAGUCAACUAAAACAACACCAAAGAAUUCAUACUGGAGAGAAGCCGUACCACUGUACUCAGUGUGGAGAGAGUUUCAGAUGUACCAAAGCUCUCAGUAACCAUCUGCUCUGUCACUCUGGUGAUAAGCCGUUUAACUGUAAUCAGUGUGGUAAAAAUUUUAUUUCAUCGUCAUAUCUCAAAAAACACCUAAUUGUUCAUAAAGGUGUUAAGCCUCACUUGUGUUCUUUCUGUGGAAAGAGUUUUUCAAGGAUGGACAGUUUUAAAGUGCACCAGAAAACACACGAUGAAGUGAGAGAUCAUGUGUGUUGUGACUGUGGGAAGAGCUUUACUAAAUCUAGUCAACUAAAACAGCACCAAAGAAUUCAUACUGGAGAAAAACCUUUCAAGUGCUCAUCUUGUAACAAGACUUUUGCUCGGUCAGGAUCUCUAAAAGUACAUGAGCGAGUUCAUACUGGAGAGAAGCCGUACCACUGUACUCAGUGUGAGAAGAGAUUUAAACAUUUGUCAAGUCUUUACAAUCAUAUGAAAAAAUGUUGCAAGUGAGCAUAAUUCGUUUUCAUGUCAAAUACAUUCAAGUAAACGGUGCGAGAUAAAAUAUGGAGUUUAUCCUAAAAGCACAAUAUCAGUUUAAUUUUGUUUUUGAAAAGCUUGGAAAACUAGAAAGACUUAAGAGUUGAAGCUUCACCAGUCAACAACUCUUACAGUGUAAAUAAAAUCAGUUCUUUCUUGAAUUAAGCCGGGUACACACUGUACGAUUUAUAAUAGUCCUUUACAAUUUUUGCUUGUCACACUGUAUGAACGUGAUCCUCAUGUCACACUCUCAGCUGUCAAUUAUGUCAGACUGUACGACAGUCUGUGUUUUACAUCAUCAACCCAUACGCGUUCGGUGACUAGAAGCUGCAUUACACGCAGGACUGAAAUGGUGGCAAACAAAGAAAUCUCGAGCAUUAAUUUUGAUCAUGGCUUGUCUUGAAAAACAAGUUAAUUUGACAGUCGUCGUAAGAGAAGUCUGUGUGCCACAUCUUCUGACACUGCCAGAAUUUUGUCAGAGGUAAAAAUUUCAUCGCAACGGUCAUUAAUUGGCUGUCGGUGAACAUGUCAAACUAAAGACUACAGAUUUUAGCCAAGGAUUAGAGGAAUCCUUUAGUAUCUUCAAAAUUCGUCUCAAGACGACCAAAUCAUGGUGAAAAUCGUGCAGUGUGCAUCCGGCUUUACAAAUAUUCAAGUCAUUUACUUAUUUACUAAGUGUACUAUAUUGCCUUCUGAUAGCACAUGUAAUUAUGAGAAAUAAAACAGAAACAACAUCUUGUCUUGAUUGAUCUAUUUAAUGAACACAGUUUUAAUAUAGUUUUAAUCACAUUAAUGAGUUUAAACAUUCUGUCUUAAUACGGUGAUAAAUAUGUUUGGGAUGUACAGCAUUAUUGUAAACCAAAUGAUCAGGGUUGUAUCAUACAUUGACUGCUUACGAACAAUAAAGUACUGAAGCUUCAGUUCACCAGA